AAUGUAAACAGGACGUCGCUUUCUGUGCUGUUGUGUGUCUGUGUCCUGCGAUGGAUUGGAACCCUGUCCAGGGUGUAUCGCAGCUCUGUAUACAGGAUAUAGCGGUAAAGACAAUGUGUUGGAGAGGAAAUAAAUAAGGUUCUGAGAGCAGUAGUACACACCUCAGGAAAUGCCAGAUCGUCUUGAGAGUCAUGGAGACUGGGUUGUCAUCUGUACCGAGGCUUUGUCGGAUUAAAACUGAACAAAACACACAACAUGGACCACCUAAAAGAAGCUGCAUCUUGUCAUUGCACACUAUUGAUCUGCACUCUGACCUGACCUGCCCUGUACAAGUUAAACAGGAAUCAGAGCUACCUCAGUCAGAAUUGUUGCCUUGUGCUCAAUUGGACGACAUAAAGGAAGAGCCUGCUGAGAUGAAUGAACUUAUUGAAAAGGAGCAGCAUGAUGACUCUGGCCUGACCCUAACCAGUGAAGUAUCUCAGCAGUCUGAUGAUGAAUUACCACAAGGCCUGAUUCCUCCUAUCGAAAUGGAAGAUGAAGAGUCUGAUGUAGAAUGCGCAGAAAACCUAAACACACGUCUAAAUAAAUGUUUAAAUAAAAAAACAAAUUGUGCUUUUGUAAAGAUUUGUGCUUCAAAUGCAGACAAGAAACGAAAAUGCAAACAGAAAAAGACACAGAAACAUAAGAAAUAUCACCGUGACAAAGGCCAUGAUGGCAGGACGUUUUUAAAAGUGCACUCAAACAUUGACAAUGAAGAAGCAUUCUGUUGUGAAACUUGUGGGAAAAGGUUUAAACGGUAUGAUCUUCUCAGUGACCACAGGAGAGGGCACAGUAGGAAAAGGCCGUACGAAUGUGAUCAGUGUGGCAGGAUGUUCUCCAAACCUGCCUAUCUGAAAAUCCAUCUGCGCAGACAUGCUGGGGAAAGGGCAUUUUCUUGCGACCAGUGUGACAAAAGGUUUUUUGACAAGUACGACUUAGGAGUGCACCAGCGUGAUCACACGGGAGAGAGACCAUACGUGUGCCGAGAGUGUGGCAAGAGCUUCAAGCGGAUUUAUAUCCUGAACAAGCACAAAAAAACUCAUUCAGAUGCAAAGCCUUUUGAGUGUAAUGUCUGUGGAAGAGCCUAUAAAUAUGGUUACAGUUACAGAUUACACAUGAAAAAUCAUGAAAAAUAGAUUUUUAUCAUAGUCACAUGAAAAGAAAAUGAUACUGUACAUAAAUAAAAUAAA